AGAACAGGGCCGUUCAGAGAGUAGAGCAUGUUAGUCUGACCCUGCAGCAGCGAUUAAUUAUUAGUUUGACCACUUUCCAUGACUUUUAACAGUUUCACUGUAAAUCCGAAGUGACGUGCGUCAUUCUGCACAUCACAUUAAUUAAUACUGCUGCCGAUACGUGAUGCAUUCACUAACUCUGAACGGAGUGACAGUGAAUUUUCCUUUUCUGCCAUAUGAUUGUCAGAAGAACUACAUGAGCAAAGUGAUUGAAUGUCUUCAGAAGAAGGUGAAUGGAGUUCUUGAGAGUCCUACAGGUACUGGCAAAACCCUGUGCCUGCUGUGUGCCACCUUGGCCUGGAGAGAGCAGUUCAGGGACACAAUCUCUGCCCACAAGAUAGCAGCGAGGCUGGGUGGUGAGGAGAUGUUGCCAAAAACACCUCUGUCAUCCUGGGGGUCAGCUUCUGCAAGUGAUGACAUAUCAACCUACUAUACAGAUGUUCCCAAGAUUAUAUAUGCAUCAAGGACACACUCUCAGCUUGCACAGGUUAUCAGAGAGUUAAAGAACACUUCAUACAGGCCAAAGGUGUGUGUGCUGGGAUCAAGAGAGCAGCUGUGUAUCAACCAGGAGGUAAUGCGUCAGGAGAGCAACUAUGUCAAAGUCCAUAUGUGCAGAAGAAAAGUUUCCACCAGGUCAUGUAUCUACUACAAUAACCAUGAAGAGAAGAGUACUGACAGAGACUUGGUGAAUUCUAUCCUUGAUGUGGAAGAUUUGGUCAAAUUUGGCAACAAACAAAGGGUUUGUCCUUACUACCUCUCCCGUUCCUUGAAGCAGCAAGCAGAUGUCAUUUUUAUGCCAUACAACUACCUGCUCGAUCCAAAGAGUCGCAGGGCGCACAACAUCGAACUAAACGGGGCUGUGGUCAUCUUUGAUGAAGCUCACAAUGUGGAGAAGACCUGUGAAGAGUCAACAUCAUUUGACCUAACUCCCUAUGAUGUAGCCUCAGCCAUUGAUGCUGUGGACAGGCUGCUGGUGGAGCAGGCUAAAGAUGUCAGCUAUGGAGACUCUGUUACUGAAGACUUCAGUCUAGACUUUUCCAAUUCUGGCUUAAGAAUGGAUAUAGCCACCAUUGCUAAAAUCAAACAAAUACUGCUGGAUCUGGAAACUGCCAUCGAUUCCUAUGAUGUUACAAGUGACAAAGGCAUCACAAAACCUGGAAUCUUUAUUUAUGAACUGUUGGAGAGAGCCCACUUGACCUACAACAGCAAGACAGCAGUUUAUGAAGCUCUGGAGCAAAUCAGUGGAUACUUAGCAGCGAAGCCAGGAGUAUUCCUGAAUACAAGUGGACUACAAAAGCUUGCUGAUAUCAUACAGCUAGUGUUCUGUGGAGAACCAUCAGAAAAGGACAGACAACAGCAGAUGCAAUCCAACACGGCUCAUUUUAAGGUUCAUAUCCAUCAAGACACCAGCUAUCACAAGAAAAAACAGAGCAAUGAUGUGUGGACUUCUUCUUCAACAAAGAAACAAGGCAACAUCCUGAGUUACUGGUGCUUUUCUCCUGGCUUCAGCAUGCAGGAUCUGGUGAAUCAAGGUGUUCGCUGCAUCAUUCUGACCAGCGGUACCCUUUCUCCUCUGUCCUCAUUCACAUCUGAGAUGAGGAUAGAAUUCCCAGUGAGUUUAGAGAACAGCCAUGUGAUUGAACGGGACCAGAUCUAUGUGAGCAUCAUUGACCGAGGCCCAGAUGGAGAGCUGUUAAGUUCAGCGUUUGAUAGAAGGUUUGUUCCUGAAAACAUGGCAUCUUUAGGCAACACUGUUGCAAACCUGAGCCGUGUGGUUCCUCAUGGUCUCUUAGUGUUUUUUCCCUCCUUCACAUUAAUGGAAAAAACCCUGGAGUUCUGGAGAGCUAAUGGACAUGCAGAUCGCAUUGAGACUAUAAAGCCUAUGUUUGUUGAACCUAAAGGAAAAGGCUCCUUUACUGAGGUUAUUGAUGGAUAUUACAACAAAGUCAAUGAUCCAGUAUCAAAAGGGGGAACCUUCUGUGCUGUGUGUCGAGGGAAGGCUAGCGAGGGACUGGAUUUUGCAGAUACGUUUGGACGGGGUGUCGUCAUCACUGGCCUUCCUUUUCCUCCCAAGAUGGAUCCUAGAGUCAUCCUGAAGAUGCAGUUCUUGGAUGAGAUGAGCUUGAAAAAAUCUCCUGGGCUGAAGUACCUGUCUGGGCAGCAGUGGUACAGACAGCAGGCUUUCCGAGCAGUGAACCAGGCAAUUGGGAGAGUCAUUCGGCAUAGGCAGGACUACGGCGCCAUCUUCCUGUGUGAUCAGAGGUUCAAAAGCCUUGACGCCAGGGCGCAGCUUCCAUUGUGGGUACGGCCUUAUGUGCGUCUUUGUGACAGAUUUGGGAAUGUGAUCCGUGAUGUGUCUCAAUUCUUCAGAGUUGCACAGAAAAUGAGGCCUGUGACAGAAAAGAAGGUUGCAACAGAGAGCUGUGGAACAAAGUGUUUACCAGAGAGUGAGUCCUCUGGUUUCACUUCCUGCUCAUCCCCCCAAAGCUCCCACACCCAGCAAGCCAAGAUGCUGGACACUCACCUUCCCAGCCUGAAGAGGAGGAGACUCAAUGAACACACUGGAGUCAAUCAGAUGGCCAGGAUUUGCACUGAGUAUGAGUGUGAGGUACAGGAUAGUCAGAGGAGACCAGUCAACCUGCUGGAUGCACUGGAGCGAGGUGACCAUUGUAGUGGAGAGGAUGAAGAUGCUACUGUGGGAGAAGAGAAGGCAAAUUGUUUGUCCACACUGUCUCUUCAAUAUGACAAGAGGAUCGAUGAUGAAAUGCGGGGAGGCAAACGCAAAAUCAAAUUGGUAGGUACUUAUUUUAAAAUAAGCAGGUUGGAGGAUGUGUCUGAAGAAGGUAAAGCCAGCAGGGCGAAGAUUUUCUUGGCAGAGAUGAAGAAGUCACUGAGCCAGGUCAACUUUGACCGCAUCAUUCAGGCUCUGCAAACCUACAAAAAGACUGACAACCUGGAUGUCCUGCUUUCUGAGACAGCUGUCUUAACUGAAGAUGCUAACACUUACAGUCUGCUACGAGGGGUCUACCAGUUUGUUCGCCCACAUCACAAGAAGAUGUUUGAUGAGAAAUGCCUGGAGUUGACUGGGCAGGACUGUGGAUACAAACCUGAUUGCUCACUGGCAAAAGACCAGAAUAAAGUACUCAUGCUACACAGUGACAAACAGACAGUUCUGUGUCUAAAAUCCUCCAGUGGGAUGUCAAGCUACAGUCAGCUGAAUACACAGCAGCUCAACAAAGGAGGCCACCACCUAAAUCAGGAAGGAUUAAGAGAACCUCAGACUGAUUCUGCUUCAAAUAGUGAAGUCCAUUCUACCUUUCUGGCUGAUGUGAAAAAAGCCCUUGGAGUGGAAAAAUCAGCUCAGCUGUUUCACACCAUUUCUAGCUACAAGAAGACAGACAACUAUGAAAACCUGGUGACCAAAGUCACAAGCUUAUUCACAGAGAGAAAUGACAUCAGCCUUCUAGUCAGAUUUGGCAUGUUUAUUCGUCCUCACCAUAAGAAGCAAUACCAAAAGAUGCUGGAUGCUUUGAUAGAUCAGUCAGUUUGUACUGCUGAUGUUUCUACUGUCAGUGAAGACCAGCAAAAACAUGUGUCGCCCCCACUGUCCUUUGCUUCAGCUUCCUGCAUGGAAGAUGGUGAAGAUGCUGCAGAUGCACCUCCCUGUUGUUGGUUGAGCCUCCGAUUAGUCUCCAUCCACAGGUCAACAGCUGGCUUUGGGUCAAAUGUCUCUGUGGUCUGCUUUGACAGGUCCACUGGCAUCUACUUUGAAGACACAGAGCAAGAUUUCCAAUUUUUUCUCAAAGUAGAUUAUAAGUUACAGGAACAUAUUUGUGUACGCAUUACAGAAAGAUCAUAACUGUUAGUACUGACAAAACUAUAAACUAGCCAGACACCGUAAUCUUGCUCAGUAAUCAUCCCAACACGAGAAGACAGGCAGACAGAAUUGAAGAAUUAGUGUUGGACAUGAAAGUCAACAACUUUAUGACAAAAUAUUUUAUCUUUCUCUAUGUAGGGAGGAAGAAACUCCCAAGAUAAGAGCUAAUUUGAGAUGACUAUUGGCACAGAGGCUGUAAGGGAUUUGUGAUUUAACUAAACAAAGCCUGUUCUGUAUUUAAUUAAUGUCAUGAAAACUGAAAAUGUAAUAUGAAGAAAUAAAAGGAUUUUGUGUGUGUG